CUGUGCGUGCGGCCUCUUCGUCCUCCGCGCGGCGCGCACUUGCUCCCGGCCCCUGCGCCGGGCGGCGGCGGGGCAGCGCGCAGGCGCGGUCGGAUUCCGGGCAGUGACGCGACGGCGGGCGCGCGCGGCGCAUUUCCGCCUCUGGCGAAUGGCUCGGCUGUAGUGCACGCCGCGGGCCCAGCUGCGACCCCGGCCCCGCCCCCGGGACCCCGGCCAUGGACGAACUGUUCCCCCUCAUCUUCCCGGCAGAGCCAGCCCAGGCCUCUGGCCCCUAUGUGGAGAUCAUUGAGCAGCCCAAGCAGCGGGGCAUGCGCUUCCGCUACAAGUGCGAGGGGCGCUCCGCGGGCAGCAUCCCAGGCGAGAGGAGCACAGAUACCACCAAGACCCACCCCACCAUCAAGGUUUGGAUGUCUGGGCCUCUGUACUUUGGACAGAUCAAUGGCUACACAGGACCAGGGACAGUACGCAUCUCCCUGGUCACCAAGGACCCUCCUCACCGGCCUCACCCCCACGAGCUUGUAGGAAAGGACUGCCGGGAUGGCUUCUAUGAGGCUGAGCUCUGCCCAGACCGCUGCAUCCACAGUUUCCAGAACCUGGGAAUCCAGUGUGUGAAGAAGCGGGACCUGGAGCAGGCUAUCAAUCAGCGCAUCCAGACCAACAACAACCCCUUCCAAGUUCCUAUAGAAGAGCAGCGUGGGGACUACGACCUGAAUGCUGUGCGGCUCUGCUUCCAGGUGACAGUGCGGGAUCCAUCAGGCAGGCCCCUCCGCCUGCCGCCUGUCCUUUCUCAUCCCAUCUUUGACAAUCGUGCCCCCAACACUGCCGAGCUCAAGAUCUGCCGAGUGAACCGAAACUCUGGCAGCUGCCUCGGUGGGGAUGAGAUCUUCCUACUGUGUGACAAGGUGCAGAAAGAGGACAUUGAGGUGUAUUUCACGGGACCAGGCUGGGAGGCCCGAGGCUCCUUUUCGCAAGCUGAUGUGCACCGACAAGUGGCCAUAGUGUUCCGGACCCCUCCCUACGCAGACCCCAGCCUGCAGGCUCCUGUGCGUGUCUCCAUGCAGCUGCGGCGGCCUUCCGACCGGGAGCUCAGUGAGCCCAUGGAAUUCCAGUACCUGCCAGAUACAGACGAUCGUCACCGGAUUGAGGAGAAACGCAAAAGGACAUAUGAGACCUUCAAGAGCAUCAUGAAGAAGAGUCCUUUCAGCGGACCCACCGACCCCCGGCCUCCACCUCGGCGCAUUGCUGUGCCUUCCCGCAGCUCAGCUUCUGUCCCCAAGCCAGCACCCCAGCCCUAUCCCUUUACGUCAUCCCUGAGCACCAUCAACUAUGAUGAGUUUCCCACGAUGGUGUUUCCUUCUGGGCAGAUAAGCCAGGCCUCAGCCUUGGCCCCGGCCCCUCCCCAAGUCCUGCCCCAGGCUCCAGCCCCUGCCCCUGCUCCAGCCAUGGUAUCAUCUCUGGCCCAGGCCCCAGCCCCUGUCCCAGUCCUAGCCCCAGGCCCUCCUCAGGCUGUGGCCCCACCUGCCCCCAAGCCCACCCAGGCUGGGGAAGGAACGCUGUCAGAGGCCCUGCUGCAGCUGCAGUUUGAUGAUGAAGACCUGGGGGCCUUGCUUGGCAACAGCACAGACCCAGCCGUGUUCACAGACCUGGCAUCCGUCGACAACUCCGAGUUUCAGCAGCUGCUGAACCAGGGCAUACCUGUGGCCCCCCACACAACUGAGCCCAUGCUGAUGGAGUACCCUGAGGCUAUAACUCGCCUAGUGACAGGGGCCCAGAGGCCCCCCGACCCAGCUCCUGCUCCACUGGGGGCCCCGGGGCUCCCCAACGGCCUCCUUUCAGGAGAUGAAGACUUCUCCUCCAUUGCGGACAUGGACUUCUCAGCCCUGCUGAGUCAGAUCAGCUCCUAAGGGGGUGACGCCUGCCCUCCCCAGAGCACUGGGUUGCAGGGGGUUGAAGCCCUCCAAAAGCACUUACGGAUUCUGGUGGGGUAUGUUCCAACUGCCCCCAACUUUGUGGAUGUCUUCCUUGGAGGGGGGAGGCAUAUUAUUCUUUUAUUGGCAAUAUUUGUAUCUCUCUCUCUUUUUGGAGGUGCUUAAGCAGAAGCAUUAACUUCUCUGGAAAGGGGGGAGCUGGGGAAACUCAAACUUUUCCCGUCCUGAUGGUCAGCUCCCUUCUCUGUAGGGAGCUCUGGGGUCCCCCAUCCCCAUCCUCCAGCUUCUGGUACUCUCCUAGAGAGAGGAGCAGGCUGGAGGUAAGGCCUUUGAGCCCACAAAGCCUUAUCAAGUGUCUUCCAUCAUGGAUUCAUUACAGCUUAAUCAAAAUAACACCCCAGAUACCAGCCCCUCUGUGGCACUGGCAUUGUCCCUGUGCCUAACACCAGCAUUUGAGGGGCUGGCCUUCCUGCUCUACAGAGGUCUCUGCUGGCUCUUUCGUUGCUCAACUGUGGCUGAAGGAAACCAGUGCAACAGCGCUGGCUCUCUCCAGGAUCCAGAGGGGGUUUGGUCUGGGACUUCCCUGCUCUCCCUCUUCUCAAGUGCCUUAAUAGUAGGGCAAGUUGUUAAGAGAGUGAGGGAGAGCAGGCUGGCAGCUCUCCAGUCAGGAGGCAUAGUUUUUACCGAACAAUCAAAGCACAUGGACUCUUGCUCUUUCUACUCUGAACUAAUAAAUCUGUUGCCAAGCUGG